CUUUGCUGUUGCUCCUGACAGAACAAGGCCGUAGUGAUUUGGUAGCCGCUGCAGUAGGAGGAAGGACCGCGGUUCUACCCCUUCUAUCUUUCAGUUUCGCCUCAAAAUUUGUUUGGUUGUUCGAUUAGUUAGCGACCAGUGAGUUCUGUAUACCUUUACGGUGUUUUAUGAAUACUUGAGCAGUACUAUUCAGCAGCGGAUAGUGGUACCAAUCGCCAUUUUAAUCGCACGUUUUCCCCGACACAAGCGCUAGCACAACAAUGGCUCUGAAAAGAAUUCACAAGGAGUUAAAUGAUUUGGCACGGGACCCACCAGCCCAGUGUUCUGCAGGACCAGUAGGAGAUGACAUGUUUCACUGGCAAGCCACAAUAAUGGGACCUAAUGACAGUCCUUACCAGAGCGGGGUUUUCUUCUUGACCAUUCACUUCCCCACAGACUACCCUUUCAAACCGCCAAAGGUCGCGUUCACCACAAGAAUCUACCACCCAAAUAUCAACAGCAACGGCAGCAUCUGUCUUGACAUCCUGCGAUCACAGUGGUCUCCAGCUCUCACCAUCUCCAAAGUUCUUCUGUCUAUCUGCUCCCUGCUGUGUGACCCGAACCCGGACGACCCCUUAGUACCCGAGAUCGCCCGCAUCUACAAGACUGACAGGGAAAAGUACAACAAAAUAGCUCGGGAAUGGACACAAAAGUAUGCAAUGUAGUGCUGCGGUAGAAGCAUUGCCAACCACCUCUACGACAUAAGGCUAGGGGAGCUUCAGAUGUAAAGAGAAAACAAACACAAAACCAUACAAACAAAUGAAAAGUUUAAAACUUGUUGGUUUCCAUUGGAGUGCUUUCUUUGAGCCACGCCCACCCCCUUCAUCAGAGUUCCUGUAAAACUCCCUCCACCCCACCUCCCCUUUGUCCUCCACCCCCCUAUAGUUCCCCAUCCGUUUGACUGUCUUCCCCGCCUCUCAGCUCACCUGCCCACCCCCUCCUCAGUGUACGUAUCGUAUACCAAACAUGAGAAACAAAAACACGCAACGGCUGAAUUUGUCCUCUGACUCCACGUCCUGACUUUUGAAUUCAGUUUAGUUUGUCACCAUGUAGGUUGAGCUGCGUUUCCAGUUAUUCUUCCUCCCUCUUCAUCCUCACCCACCGUCACUAAAAGCAUUCCUUUGGCCACAUGUCAGCUUAUGUGGGGACCUUUUUUUAUUUCCUGUUUUGUUUCCAAGAGAAAGGGGAACAUUAGAUGGAGGGAUUUUUACACCGCACCCUUUCUUGUUUCCGCUGUCCCGAUAUUCUCCAUACGUAGAGGUGACGAUUCAAGAAAGCAGUUUUAGCGCGUGAGUCAAAGGGCACUCUGUAUUUUAUAAUAAAAAAUGAAAAAAAAAAUCAGGAGUCAUUGUGGGUGGUGUCAGAUGAUAAAAUGCACAUAGCCUGUUCUGCUCUUCUGUUGGAUUCUAUGAAAGGACUUGAAUUUAUCUUCAUCCCCCCAUUGUCAUACUAUAUCAUCUCGCCCAAGUGGACCCCCUUAUGCACACAUGCGCACACACAAAUGCAUGAACAACUGUAACCCCAUGUCAUCAGCACCACCUUUUCUUUCUUCUUAAGGUGGUGGAGACCAGGUAUUUAAGCAAUUUAUUUUUUUUCUUAGUUUAACCUGUGUUUUUAUUUCCUUACCCCAUAACUCUUUAGGUUGCUUAUUUCUUUUCACUUGGUUUUUAUUUUUUUCUCCUUUUGCGAAAUCUCAAAUUUAGCGGCUAACAUCUUAAAUGGCUAUGGGACUGGCUUGGGCUCUGGGUGCGAGGAGAAACACACUCUUCUUGCACAAAAACCUCUGUAUAUUGAAUUACCUGAGAGGCUCGUUGAGCUUUGUGUGUUGAUUAAACUGUGUAAUAAAAACCGUG